AUGGAUGUGGUGUUUGUGAGGAAAACACCGGGAGGUGGAGGUUUAGCCUGGCCGCGCAGCAGAUCGACAUGUCCGCUUCUGCUUCAGCUCUCUCCCCCGCCUAAGUCGCUGCUGGUCCGGCUGACGAUCCACGGCGAGCUCGACCAGAAAAACAUUACAGCUCUGUCUGGACAGAAGAACGUAACUUUGAAAUGUCGAGCUCCAAACAACAACAUCACAGUUGUAGAGUGGAGCAGAGAUGACCUGGGAGAAGAAGAAUAUGUGCUUUUGUACCGGAAUAAGCAGUUCGAUCCAGUCAACCAAAAUCCAUCUUUUAAGAACCGGGUGGAUCUGCAGGACACACAGAUGAAGGAUGGAGACGUGUCUUUGAUUCUGAAGGAUGUGACAAGUGCUGAUAAUGGGACAUACAUGUGUUGCAUCGUCAUGGCAGGAUCAACCUCGUGUGACCCCAUCAGCAUCAUCUACCUGAGAGUUGUUGAUCCUCCAGGUCAGACAGGAGGACUCACAGAGGAUGGAGGGAAGGAGGAUGGAGUCAAUAAACGUUUUGGGCUGGUAGCUUUUGGUUUGUUUAUUCUUGGGCUCAUUGUUGCUCUUGUGAUUGCUACAAAACUGUCAAACAGAAAUUUAUCCAACCAUCUUCCUUCUGACAAACCAACUGACAUCUGUUCUAAAUCAGCAUGA